AUGGCACCACCAGCCAAUACUCCGCAGCCUGCAACUUUACCUUCAGAGGCCGGCUUGAAGCCGAUGAGGGACUUAAAGAGAGCGCUGUCUGACAAAAGUAGGGGUCCUGCACUUGGUGUAUUGGCAAAGGCGUUUCAUGACUUUUUCGUGGCGCGAGCGGAGAAUUCCGAGGUCAUUACGGGAUAUCAGGCGCAGCUACUCUCUAUGACAUGGAAAUACAUGAGGUCUCAUGAAGCCGAGCUUGAAGCUGAAGACUGGCAGACAAUGUAUUCUACAGAGAACCUUGAGAAUGUGCUGUUUGUCCUGUCAGAAGCCAAAUGCCUUCCGGAGUCGCGUGAGGCCGUUCUCAAGGUAGCUCGUUUCGCUUUUCUGGAGCUGUGUGCUGAUCAUGGCUAUGGUGCCAAUAAUAUCAGCCGACCUGCCCUCUCUGCCUAUAUCAAAUUUCAGGCCUUGAAUGGCAACCCGGAGGAAGCACGGCACGUUGUCGAGAGAUUUUGGGGCAGGCUGCGCAAGACCAAGCCCUCGCCAUGGCUUACAGUGAUGAGAGGCUUUGCCAUGAACAAUGAUAAGCAGCAACUCCGUUGGACCACCAAGAAAAAAUUCGAUGAGCUCGGUAUCAAAUUCGAUCGCGAAACUCACGAACAAUUGGUCAAAAUGCUCAUUGAGCAAGACUUACUGUCGGCUGUCAAAAUCAUGUAUGAGUGUCCAAUUUCUGGCGAGAACGAGCCCACGCUUGCUACCAAGAGAGCUGUGGUUAAUUAUGCCCUUCUCAAAUCCGAGAUAUCGUGGGCGAAGCCUAUCGUUGAGUCAGUCUCUCAGACGCCCAAAUCAGAGACUGUGGGCAUGAUGUUGCUGUGGGAAGCUGUUCACGGCAAGAGCGCUUCUGAGAUCUCGGAAAUGCUUCAGACAUGGACGUUGGAAGACCCUGACGUGAAGACAACGCUUACUGUCUCACACAUCAAUAACCUCAUUCAAUACGCCAAUUCCAUCAACAACCCGCAACUUGCCGCCGACUUUGCCGCGCUAACUUCUCAAUGGAAUGUUCUGCCAGAUACGCAAACACGUCUCCUGCGGUUGGAAGCUGAAAUUAUGGCCGGCGAUGUGAAACAGACGAUGAGGCUCCUAAGUAUGCUUUGCUUGUUGGGGAAAGAUGAUGCCUUGUACGAUCGCGUUUCCGCUUUUCUGGACCCGUUAUUUGAGAACAAUGUCCGUCUAGAGGCAGACACCCUCGCAGCACUGACGCAGCUCUUGCUCUACCGACACGACUGGGAAGGCGUCUCGGAAUUGCUUCGGCCCCGUCUCGGCUCGUACGACUCGGAGGAGAGGACGAAAAUCCGGCAGGCGCUCACCAAUCACAUCAUGGAUGCCACUCAGGAUAGUGCAGACGCGUGGGAGGCAUACGGAUUGCUGCAGGUCGCCUUUCCGGAAACAGGAGUGGGCAUGAGGACCGAGAUCAUGACGUCCUUCUUCAAGCGCAAAAGAGGCGACCUCGCGGUCCUCGUGUUUGGGCAUAUGCGCCAAGCGGAGGACUUCGCGCGGCGUCCAAAGCCCGAUACUUAUGCGCGAUGUUUCCAAGGCAUUGCUCAGAUGCAAGAUGCUAAAAACCUGGAGCUCGUCCACAACAUGCUCAAGUUGGAUGUAGAAGUCGACCUCAACAUUCGACUCCUGAACGAGCUGAUGCUGGCUUACGCCUGUUGUGAUAUGCCAGAUAAGAGCAUGGAGAUAUUCCGUGACAUUCUGCAGUCAGAGGAAGGGCCGUCAACCAGGACGAUCUGGGCCUUCUUCAAGAUGUGCGAGAGGCACCAUCAUGGAGCACAAGAGGCGAUGAGGAUGAUGGACAAGGUCAAACUACUCGAGAUCGAGGUGGACCGACGGCUGUAUAUGGCAUACGUCGAAGCGUUGGCUGCACAGUGCGAGUUUGAUCUUGCGACUGAGGCGAUUAACAAAAUGCAGGAGGAAAUCGGAUCCUCUCCGACUCACGACUCAAUUGGCCGCCUCUACAAUGCCAUUCCGUAUCAAUACUGGAAAGAUGAGGUUGAAAAGUGGGCCAAAGUGCACUACCCGGAGCAAUGGGCACAGCUUGAGAAACUCGAACGCACCGAUCAUGAAGAGGGCUUCAAGUUUGAGUUGGAUAGCCGAUCAUCCUGA